AUGGGCCCCUCCGGAGUUUCUCGAUGGCCGUCGAUGCGGCCGAAGCACAAGAUUGCCCGCAAGCCGGUACCCGAUAGAACUUCUACUCAGUCCACGCUACUUGACGUGCAAACACCUGCUGCUGGCAAGAAACGGGCGGAGAGAGUUGGUGUAUCGGAACGGGACGGGACCAGCGAGGAUGACGACUCUACGCGACGGCAGAAGGAUUCGCCUCUGCUCAUCACGAGGGAGAACACGCUUUUCAUAAAUGCCAAACGUGGAGCCGACAACGAGAAGGCCGAGGAAAUGCCAUCGUGGAGGCCGCAGUGGCUUCGUCCGCGUACGCUUGCCUGUUUCGCUGGUCUGGCUCUCUGCGCGGCGAUCGCUCUUCCUACGAUGUUGUGGUAUUCCCAACGGAAUGAUGGCCUUAUCAAGACAAAGGAAGAUUUUGGAUACGUGUGGCGAUUUGGCCCGACUGCUGUUCUCACGAUAGUGGCUGCUUUUUGGGCAAGAGUGGAGCUCCAGGCCCUGAGAUACAUGCCGUGGAUAGACCUGAGACGUACACAAACCCCCGACUACGACCUCGACUACACCUCUAUGCUGUCGCCUUUCGUCUUGUAUCAGUCUCUGCGAAGGAAGCACUGGCUUGUGCUACUGGUCUCCGUCACAUCGAUCCUGAUCAGGGCUGAGAUUGUACUCGCUCCUGGUUUGUUCAGGCUUACCCCCAUCCGGCUCGUGAAGCCCGUCAGCAUUCAAACGGGAGACUCUUUCGAGCUGAUGUGGGAGACCAAAUUCCUGAACAGGGAAUCGACCAUCGCGUAUUAUGCCGCUCGAGCCAUCCACGAUUUCAACAUGACCUACCCCUUUGGCGUCACUGCCGAGGCAGCCUACCAGACCUUUACGUUGGCUGAGAACGGCGUCCGUGGGACAGUCGGUGCGCCGCUGACGGUUCAAGUAGACGGCUUCCUCUCCGACAUGAAGUGCUUGAAGCUUGAGAGUUGGGAGGUCACGCAUAUGGGGAACUACAACAACUAUACACGCUUUUUUCAGGCCGACAUCAAUCUCCAAUUUGAAGGCUGCCAGCAAAAUGUGUCAAUUCAUCACAGAGAGAUCCAACUUCCGAGCCAGCUGGCGCCACUGCAAUAUGUAGACUUUUGGUCGAUUAACGACACUCUUCGACCGACAACGCAACCCUGCCCUAACCUUCCGAAGCAAUACAACCAAUUUGUCUAUUUUGGAGGGCGGUACGAGAAAAAUGGUGUCAACGGCACGACCAUGCAACUCAAAACUGCAGAUGCUGUCCUCUGCUCACCGACGGCGUGGAUAUCGAAAGUAGAAGUUGUCGACGAUGGAAUCAGUCCAAAUGUCACGGUUCUGCCGAACCAGCCUUCAACGCCCAUCGAGUUAGACAUUUGGGAUAUACUUAGCGAUGCAAUACCGGGCAGCAGAUGGAGGACCUCCGGUACGGGGUCACGCCCAGGCUAUGGUCCAGUUACGGGCGAACGGUUGUUCAGCGGAGAUCAAACUAAUUUUUCUGAUACAACCGAACAGAUGUACAAUAGUACAAUCGCACUGAGCAAAAGGCUGAUGCCGCUGAUUGGUCACUAUAUCCUACGACAAGGCAAAGGAGCUGCAGGAACUGGUGAGAUGUCAGUCACCAUUGACAAACUGGCGCUUAACCAGCAGGUCUGUUUGUCCAUGUUUGCUGUUUUCCUACUUCUUACUGCUAUAGUGGGCAUCUCACUCGUUUGGUCCAGGCGACAUACUACGAUAUGGCAUCGGGACCCAGCUACUAUCCUCGGAAAUCUCUUGUUUCUCAAGGAUUAUCCGGAGCUCCGUGACCAAGCCCUAGACGGCGAUUCCGAGAAUAAGAAGAGACUCUGGAGUCACGGCACAUUCUCCCCGUUGGUACUCAGGCCCUGGGUACAAAUCAUUUUUACCAUCUUUGUCUGCGGCCUCUUGAUCGGUCUCGGCACCACUUUGCAAUCAUCCCGGCUGAAUCAUGGACUGGCAACCGUCAACGAGGAGGGAUACUACUACCUUUUGUGGACUUCGCUUCCAUCCCUGAUCAUGCUCGGAGUUUCGCUGUAUACCAGCUCCUGCGACUUCGUUCUCAGGGGUCUUUCUACCUUGUACAGCCUCUCCGUCAAACCCUGUAACUCUCGACAGCAACUUGACUUUUCAAUGUUGGAUAUGCUCGGCCUCCGCGCUCUUCUGAAGUCCUUUCAACAAAGGCUAUGGACGGUCACCCUGUCGCAGGUCAUGGUGCUUUUUUGCGGACUCCUGGCUACCCUCGCUACCCUUCUCUUCUCAGUUGAAACUGUCCCUAAACCUAUGAAGGUACAACUGCAGCAGACCAGCUGGUUGGGCAACCAAAGAAUAAGCAACAAUGAUACAUCAACACUCACCAGUAACCGCGAAAGGGUCCAGAGCUUGCUUGCUCGGAGACAUGAAGCCAAUUUCACCUACCCAAGAAAUACAUAUGCGGACAUGGUAUUUCCGAGCUUUGACGCUUCGAAUCUGUCUAGUACAGCCAGCAUUGAACAGACCGUCUUGGAGGUCAAGAUGCCGGCAGCGAAGUUGGUUUCCAGCUGUGAAAUGUUGCCGGGGGACGGAUUCAAUGUCACGCUGCACAACUACACAGAAAUGGAAACACAAAAUACCACAGUGACGGUCUAUCAAGGCCCCUUUCUUUAUAAAGCGAAAUGCCCCAAUGGAAAAUCUAUGUUGUUCGGCCGGCAGUUUGUGGUAGGAAAAAACUUUAGCGAUUCCAACUCUGAUGUGUCGCAGUUCGCCGCAAUUUUGGAUUCCCCAGGAAACUUAUAUCAUACAAAUAUUGGCUGCGGACUUAACAUCACGGACAACAACGACUUGCUCAGUGCAUCGAUGCAGCAGACAUACGUAUGGGGACAGUGGAACCACAAAAAGUCCGAUUUUGACCUUCUACGGUACUGGAGGUGUAACUACUCAUGGGCCCAAUUCAUGGUGAACGUCACGAUGAUUAGGUCGAGCGACGGCCUUUACAAUAUCGAUACUAAUAAACCACCCGUGCCGGACUUCUCCAACCCGGAACCAAUGGAUCCACCGUUUGCCGUACCAGUGUACGAUGCAGACCUGCUCAGUAGGCAGAACGGCCCUAGUCCCGGUAUUGGAACUGCAAUGCCCACGAUCGAUAUCAGCGAACGCACGGCCGGCGAUGUGAAUGGGUUUUUCCGCCCGAUUAUCCAGCCAUACGGGAAUGUGCCCCUGACAGCCCUCGGAGAUCCGGAUUGGGACGACAGGAUCUUGCAGGAGCUGCAUGCCAAUCUGGGAUUCUCGAGUGCGCAGCUUGCGAACUUGGAGAAUCGGCUUGGUGUUGGGCAGAACUCGAGUACGGCCCCGUUUCCUUCCGAGGGGUUGUCCGCCAUGGAUGCCUUGGUUCUCGACACCGGCCGCCGGAGACUUAUACAGAACGCAACGGCCACGUAUGUCAUCAUUGGAAUCCUGGGCUUGGUUGCGUUGGUCAACCUAUGGACGCUCCUUUCAGGAGCGAUGAGACACUUUGGGAUUCACAGCGGUUGGCUCAGUAUGGACGUCAAGGGGCUCGCACCCGAUGGAUACGGUAGCAUCGGGCUGAUGACGAGCCUUUUACAUGAUUCUAACGCCGUAAAGCAUAUACCUUCGGGGUCAGAUAGUCUCUCCACGUUGGACCUUCAUGAUUUCUUGGAAGAUAUGCUGUUCAGGCUGGGUUGGUUCCGGCGGGAGGUGGACCAGUCUAUGCAUUUCACCGUUGGCGUGCUGGAGGAUACGACGUAUCCUUGGGUGGAGAGCAAGAAGGAGAGGGAGGCGGCGGAGAAAUCGAUGUAUAAGGUGGUGAACACCUCCGAAGAAACCGCAUAUCAGGGAGGAGGCCCCGACAUAAUUGAUAGGAGUAGGAAUGGCGGGUGGAUUUAA